CCACAGCCACCAUGACGGCGACCCAGUCUACCCCACACACCCUGCGCCCUCGAACCAUUACGUUCAUCUUUGACUCGAACAACAAAGAGACCUAGUGUUCCAAACAAGACCUAGAUCUCGUGUUCAUCGGGCACUAACGCGUCAUAUUCUAUCUGCGUAGCAUCGACCGGAAAGCGUCGAAGAGACUUGUGAACAGCGAGAAGAUGUUGUGACCAUGGGGGGCGAAUCAGUUGCUUCCGGGUCCAAAGUCAUACCCUUCUUUUGUCGUGAAGAACUUCGGAUUAUUCAGAAUGAGCUCGCGAAAGCUAUCAAACACCGCGGCCAAGCUCACGAGACAGGAAUAGGUUACGAGAAAAAGCCCUUCAUCUGCGCCUCGGAUCUGCAUCGCAUCUGGUCCGAGAACAGUAAACUAAAAAGCCUCUCCGACAUUAUCAAGAAGGAAAGUGGGCGAGACCCAGGAGAAGACCUCAGUGAAGAUGAGAUCCGAUGCUUUUCUUUUUGUUUCCACGUGAGCCAGCCGGAAUGGUUGGGUGACAACCUCUCAAGGUUACGUGAAGACAACGUCAAGCUUUCGAUAAAGGAAACCCGCUUUGACAAGCUUCUAAACACCGCAGAGAGUCACAUCAGCCUCGAAAAAGAACAAAAGAAGUUUGUACAACCUCACAGACUCCGACUAUACGAAUAUGAACUGCAAAAAAAGUACGAAGUCGACAGCAAAACUCCGCUGCCACUCCAGUUUCCCACAGAUACACGCGCCUCUAUAGCGCAUGGGUCCUUUGCAAAUGUCUACUUUUGCCACAUACCUCCGGAGUACGUAGAAAUGUGCUCAUACGCCCAUUAUCAAGCCUUCAAACCGGUGAAGCCUCUUGCCGUCGCGGUCAAGAUCCUAGACAGCUCGAAGGAAAUACUUAUAAACGCCGAAAAGGAGGUCUUGAACCUAUGCUAUCUCAGGCGUGCGGUCGGCAAUCGAGAUUGCUCAAUAUCACUAGCAAUUGCCAUUGUGUUUCAUGGGGAUGGGAAAGUUCCUCUACUAAUAUUCCCAUUUGCCAACCGUGGGAACCUCCGCGAGUUUCUUGAUGAAGAAAAUGCUGCUGUUGAUAGGGAGAACUGCUUCGAAAACGUGUCUUUUGAUGAGCGGUUUCCCAAACUGGGGCCCUGGUCGUGUGGCGAGAACGCCGAGUCGUCCCAAGAGCAAGCGCGUUACCAAAAACUUUCACAAUUGCUGCUGAAGCAAUGCCUCGGUCUGGCAGAGGCGUUGCGCCUUCUUCAUGUGGAAACAACCGAAGCGGCCGAGAGCUUCAGGUUUGUACACAUGGACAUCAAGCCGGACAACAUCCUCAUCUGCAAUCAUACAAGCAGUGAUGUCGGAAUAUGGAAGCUGGCCGACUUCGGUAUCUCGUCCACCAAGAGCCGCGGACUGACAAGGCAAGUCAAUGAUGACUACUUCACCGAGGUCUUCCACUCAGUAGUCGACCUCACGGUCGAAACAAUCAGGAAACGAAAUACCGGCACCCACCAGGCACCUGAAAUCCACUCGUCGGCGAGAGAACCGCAGUUGGGCAUUAUGAUUGGCCGGAGCAGUGACAUAUGGUCUUUCGCUGCCGUAUCAGCCGAGGUGCUCGCCUUUGCAGUAGGAGGAAAGAAGUCCGUCGUCAGCUUCAGAGAAAGACGGUUCACUAAGAACGAUGCUGAUGGCGCAAAAAUUGACCCGUUUUGGGAGAAAAGAACCAACUCGCUCCCGUCGAUACCUGAGCAAUCGGCUUUGCAACCCGUUACCGGUGUCCCCAUCAGCAGCGGGAUCAAGUCCCACCUGGACAGCCACUACAGAAACAAAUACCAGGUCAACAAGGGCGUAACCAGCUAUCUGAGCGACGUCGAGAAAUCUUUUCCUCUGUCGAAACCAUGGGUAAAGUUUAUCUCUGAAGCACUUCAAGUGGCUCCAAGAGACAGGCCACGUGCACAUGACAUGUUUCUUUCUGUCAAUGAAGCGUUUGAGCAGGCCUCAGGCACACAAAGCACACUGUCGGUGAACUCACCGGCAGGCAACUUGUCACAUGACCGGAAGUGGUCCAAUAUCGCACUGGGGGAAGCCAGCAGCAAAAACCACAAGCACGAAGUGGCCCAAGAUGCCCGGUUGAUGUGCUUCGCAGAGUACUGGAUGGUCUAUUUAGCAGACGGAACUCUUCGUGUGCGCGAUAUAAUAAUACUGUCAGGCCAUAGGAAGCAUCAGGAUGUCGAGCUGCUUGCAAAGUCUAAAACGAAGCAUACAGUGUGGACCGACAUCGCUGCAGGUGGAAGCUACGUUGUGCUCUAUGGGUAUGAGCAGGAGAAGAGGUCCUCAUUCUUAAAGCAAAACCCCAAAGAACCAAUAAUGCAUACCCUGCUGCUUGGAAGUGAUCAGAUGAGCGACUCUCUUUGGAAAUUCCAUAAAUCCACACAAGGGUUCUCUGAGCAAAUCAGAAAGGUUGCUGUCUCCUGCCACAAUUGUAUUGCUCUCGUCCAGCAUCGGCAGUUGGUCUUGCUUGCUGCAAACCAUCCGAAUCAAUCAGCGAUCAAAUUAUUGGGAGAGCAAGACGGGAUACGCAUCCACGAUGUUGCGUUUAGCCAGGAUGGUGACUACCUCUACGUGUCCGGAACACAGCCGCACUGCAUUGUUCUAGUUUACAAUGUGGUACUUGACAACAAUCAGCGAGUCGGUAGUAAGCGAUUGGCUGCACCCAUAUACAAGAUUAGUGACCGGGCAGGUUCCAAGUUCGACAUGGUGCGUCUGUUGCCGCCCAGCUUCUCUCAGAGCUGCCUUGUUGGCACAUCCCGCCUCCAAAGCCUGCUCAUAUGGCAGGCGGGCAAGGGCGGGAACGGAGAGUUAUGUCUCUUGAGCCAUGAAGCCUACGGAAAGGUGAUCGCUGCCGCAACCCACGGCCGCCGAAUCCUGCUGUUGAUUCAGAAAAGGGGCCUGUUCCAGUAUGAUAUCGACUAUAAAAGGACGCCCAGCCCGCAGCUCAGGAGCGAGUCUUACCUUGGAAGCCCCCGAUUCAAGCGCGAGCCAACAGAGAAUUCAAUUGUGCGUAUACGCAGCCUCAGAGAUUGCGUUAUGGUGUCGGUUUUUUACGCCAAAGGGGACGGCGAGAGCUUCAGUUUUUGGCCGCCCAACAGCCCCUUCCUCUAAACUGAGAGGACUUUCAGGGGCACCCUAACCCUUAAUCAUCAACCUGCCCACCAAAAGCAAAGCCAUACUGGUAUAACCUGGUUUUGACCAGAGGCCAACAGGCUGGUUUAGGCUAUUAAUCAUCGAUGAUUGAGGUAUAUAGAGAACUGUCUUGCCUAGGUAACCUGGCUAGGUACUGUAGAUAGCCACUAAAUUAAUCUAUCCAUGCACACAUCCUUUGGAAGCAUUGGUGAGCAC